AAGUAAACAACCGGGCGCUAGCAGCGUUAGCUUCCAGGCUUCCUUCAGUUUAUCGUCGUUUAUGAGACGGUUUCUGCUGUGUGAGCUGAAUAUUUCAGUAUCUGGGGUAAUUAUAUCUUGGUUUCAACAUCAGCCGCGCUGCUGAUACCAGCUGGAAAACCAAAAUUAUCUCAACCUGCAGGUCUUCCACAGCAUCAUGUCGGUUAUUACUUGGGAGGUUGAUGCUGAUCACAUUCUCAUUAGCAAACAGAGGUCAAGCUAUCUGCUUGACCAUGAUUUACCAAACGGUGUGGAAAUAAAAGAAGAACCAGAACCCCUGACGACUGAGAAAGAAGAUCCAGAACCUCGAGUGAUUAAAGAAGAACAGAUUGAGUUGUGCGUCUUUCAGGAUGAAGGGCAGGUUUUGGUGAAGCAAGAGGCUGAAACCUCCACCUCCAUGGAGAGUCCUGAUUAUGGGGAAGCACUUCAGGACGAACCAGAGCAGCAGCAGAUGAUGGAGACGAAGGAGGAACCAGAGCCUGUAGAGAUCAAACAGGAGCGGGAGGACCUCUGUGGUAAUCAGGAUGAAGAACAACCAAAUGUUUUUGAGUUUUGUGGUAAUUCUUUCAUGCAGCAUAAUGAGUUGGCUAGUCAUAUGAUACCUCAAGCAGAUGAGAAACCUUUCUCCUGCCUGACUUGUGGAAGAGGUUUUAACAAGCAGUACAACUUGACCGUCCACAUGAGAACUCACACAGGUGAGAAGCCGUACCCUUGUGAGCUGUGUGAUAAAUCUUUCAGGAGGAGCAAUGAUUUGGCCCGUCACAUCAGAACUCACACAGGCGAGACACCAUAUUCCUGUCAGUUUUGUGGUAAAUCCUUUAACGACAACAGUCAUCUCACCAUUCAUCUGAGAACACACACAGGUGAGAAGCCCUACUCGUGUGAAGUGUGCGGUAAAUCUUUGACCGACAGCAGUCAUUUGAUCAAACACAUGAGAACUCACACACCUGAAAAACCUUUCCCAUGCCUGACGUGUGGAAAAGGUUUUACUGCUCAGUCUGACCUGACAGUCCACAUGAGAACCCACACCGGUGAGAAACCUUUCACCUGUCUGGUCUGUGGUAAAGGUUUUAUCCAGAAAACUACCCUGAGUUAUCACAUGAGGACCCACACAGGUGAGAAGCCUUUUCCAUGUGACCUAUGUGAUAAAUCUUUUAUUCAAAGCAGCGAUCUGGCCCGCCACCUCCGAACGCACACAGGGGAGAAACCAUAUUCUUGUGACUUGUGUGACAAAUCUUUCAGACAGAGCAGCGAUCUGGCUCGUCAUAUUAGAACUCACACGGGAGAGAAGCCAUUCUCAUGUCAGAUCUGUGGAAAAGGUUUCACCAAGCAGAAUAAUUUGACCGUGCACAUGAGGAUUCAUACAGGUGAGAAGCCUUACUCCUGUGAAGCAUGUGGUGAAUCCUUCACUGUCAAAUUUAGUUUGACUAAACACAAGAGGACUCAUACAGGAGAGAAGCCUUUUGCUUGCAAACUAUGUGAUAAAUCUUUCAUUAACAGCAGUAAUUUGAUUUGUCACAUGCGAACGCACACAGGUGAGAAGCCUUUCUCCUGUGGGACCUGUGGGAAAGGUUUCCCCAGGCAACCUGCCCUGACUGCACACAUGAGAACUCACACAGGUGAGAAGCCAUAUCCCUGUGAGUUGUGUGAAAAAGCCUAUCGAGAUCGUAGUAAUUUGGUACGACACAUGAGAACGCAUACAGGUGAGAAACCUUAUUCCUGUAAAGUUUGUGGUAAAUCCUACAGUGGCAGUAGUCAGUUGGCUUAUCACAUAACGACUCACACGGGUGAGAAACCUUUCUCAUGUCUGAAUUGUGGAAAAGCUUUCAACAAGCAAAGCACCUUGACAGUCCACAUGAGAACUCACACAGGUGAGAAACCGUACUCUUGUGACAUGUGUGAGAAAUCUUUUCGAGAGAAUAACGAUUUGACUUGUCACAUGAGGACUCACACGGGUGAAAAGCCGUAUUCUUGCGAAUUGUGUGAGAAAUCUUUCAGAUGGAGAAAUGUUCUCAAUCGACACAUGAGAACUCACAGAAACGGAAUCAUGGUUAAACGUUGUCAGUGGGGAACGUGCAAUUCCGACACCCGCUACCCGGAGCGCCUAGAGGGCGGGAUUCACUUUAUUCCGUUUCCCAAACCCAAACGGAGUCUGGACAAAUGUAAACGAUGGAUCAAGGCCUGCGGUCGACCUCAUACUCGCUUGAAUGAAACUAUGAUUAAUGGAAACUACCACAUGUUCGUCUGCACGAAGCAUUUUCCAGAAGGCAAGCCGACAGACAGAUUUCCAGAUCCGGUUUCUUUUGAUCCCAAAGCCUCAAAAACCUCCAAACCAGUCGGGCGUCUCCGGGACCGGACCCGGACCCGGACCCAGACCCGGCGCCACGGAUCCCCAGCAUCAAAACAAGAAGACACACUUAGCCACUUGGGUGACAGCCUCCGUCGCUCACAGCCGGGACGCUCUGAUGCUGCUGUUAAGACUUCUUCACUAAGGCUUUCUGCACGGGGAAAGCUGGAACUGGUCGCUGAAAACGAGGCUUUGAAGCGACAGCUGAAAGCAGAUCAAGAGAUUUAUGCCACGAAGAUUUCUGAACUGGUGCUGAAAAACAAACUUCUUCGGCGGGAAAACAUGAAGCUGCGGAGGAAUCUUUAUGGAAAGACACAAAAAGAAAAUUCAGCAGGAAGCAUCGCAACAUCUGACAGUUUCAUGGUGACCGAGGACAAACGGGGAAACUCUGCAGAGUUUCUGCGCAGGAAGCAGAGGGAAGUGGCUGCUAGAAGCAAAGACUUUUCUGCCAGUGUGUCGGCCUCGCUGUACACUGAGCAUUUCAGGCCAGCGGACUUCGACAGGACGGGUCAGACCGUCCGGCUCCGAGCCGGGGCCGUUCCCUUGCCAGCUCAUCUGCACCAGGCUCAGGAGACCCCGACACUGCAGCUCUGCCAGCUGGUCCAGGAGCCGGGCCCCCAGCCUGGACCCCCACAUGCUGUAUCCAUAGCAACAAUGGCUGAGACAAAAAGCCCUCAACCAAUCAAAGAAGAGCGUGUUGAACUGUGGAUCGUUCAGGAUGGAGGGCGGCUCGUAGUGAAGCAGGAGACCAAGGCCUCUCUGGAGAACCCUGCAUGUGAAAUACUCCACCAUGGACCAGAGCAGAUCCUGCAGAUUAAAGAGGAACCAGAACCUGUGCAGAUUAAAGAUCAAUCAGAACCUGUGCAGAUUAAAGAGGAGCAGGUGGAUCUCUAUGGUGAUUGGGUUAAAGGUCACCUUGUAGUGAAGCUGGAGCCUGAAACCUUCAUUGUGACUCAAACUACAGAGCAAAAAGACGACCAUGAACCAAACCAGAACCAGAUCCUCUCUGCUAACCAACGUGAGGCUGAGAACCAGCAUCACCAUCGAAGAAUCCAGGAAGAUGUAGAUCUGGAACCGGAGGACACCAGAAGCCACUGGGACAAUAUGGACGAUUCACCACUGAGACAUGAAACAGGUGAAACAACUUCCUCCUGUGACAGUGAUGAUGAUGAAUUUUUGGCUCUUCACUUGGGUAGGAAGCCUUUGUCCUGUCCAAAGCGUGGAAAAUAUUCAGCUCUCUCUUCCAGAAAAAACAAUCACAGGAAAAGGCACCGCGGCGAUCAACGCUAUUCUUGCGAGGUGUGUCAUAAAUUCUUCACUCUAAAAUCCAGCUUAGUUUGCCACCUUCGAAUUCACACAGGUGAGAAACCCUUUCCUUGUAAACUGUGUGAGAAAUCUUUCAAACAGCGAGGUACCCUGACUAUUCACCUGAGAACUCACACAGGUGAGAAACCUUACUCAUGUGUAACUUGUGGCAAACGUUUCAUCUCAAAUUCUUCAUUAACUGCUCAUUGGAGAACUCACAGAAGACUGAAGUUGUAUGUUUGUAAAUUAUGUGAUAAAUCUUUUAAACGUCAUGGAACCUUGGCUAUUCACCUUAAAACUCACAAGCAGGAUCCUUGUUAAAUUGAUAAAUCUGUCCGUCACCCAGGAACGUCAGACACACAAGCUGAUUUUGUGGAAAAUCAUCUAAAGUUGUAAUGUGACUCAAACAAGUGAGAUAAGAUCCAGUUUUAUCUAUAAACUGUAAUAAAUCUUUUGAAUUCAUGUGUUUUGCAGCAGUGGGUUCGGUUUGGCUAGUAAUAAGUUCCAGAAGCAAACAAAGUUGGUGGCUUUGAUCAAAAUGACCAAAUUAGUUGCAACAGCUGAUUUUCAGGAUUGUCAAAUUGUCUUCACUGCCUGCCCUGCCUGAUGAGGGGGGAGCAGCAGAGCAGUUGAUGGAGUUGUUGGACUUCCGUUUUACCAAGAUGAACCUAGUAAUGCAAGGAGCUGGAGAGCUCAAGGAUUCGUGUUUUUGGGGGCUCAGCCUCUAACAGACUCAGAGGAACUGUUGCCUUCUUCUGUUGGAUGGAGACAACACCUUCAUAGUUCAGCCUGGAGAACAGUUAAAGCCUUCCAGAGGGGUCAGAGGUCACCGCAGGGGGCCGCGCUGAUCUGUGAUGCUGUUUAGCUGCACUGUGGUUCUGCUGAUCUGUCUUCUGUUUUUUUUAAGUUAUUUUUUCAGGACUCCAUUUCAUUUGCCAUAGUUUGUUCAUUAAUCUCAUUUUCCAACUUUAUCAUUAAAUGCAUGUAUAUAUAACUUUCUUUUCUUUUCCAUCAGUAGCUAGACUGCAUGUCAGUAGUUAGAGAUUAUUUAGAGAUAAUUCAGCUGUAAAGUUACUAAGUGAAGCUAUUUUUGAAUAAAUUCUCGGACUUUAUUGGAACUAAGUGUCAGUGAUGAUUCUUCAUAUGAAGUUUCUUCUGCUUGUAGUUUUGAAUUUACUAUGUCACAAAAUACUGAUAAGUUCUUCAUGAUGGCUCAGAUUUAACUAAACAAUUUCUAACUUAAUUUCAUAAAUAAUUAAUCAAAAAUGUUAAUAAGGCAAACAUGGAUCCAAAUUGGUAAAAAUAUCAAAGUAAUAAACUGCACAAUAAGAAUACAUUUACAAUACAUUUAAAUACAGCACUGCACAGUUAGUAAUAGUAGCAUACUCAGAUUAAAAUAAUCCCGAUCAGGGAUCUACUCCACUGGAAUCUACUGUGCCAAGAACAGCAGGGAUGUAAACGCCGAGUUUGUUGGGAGCCGUGAGGUUAGAGACUGAGCAGCUGCUGGGAGGAAGGAUCUGUGAUGACGCUCUUUUGUGCCCCAGUGAUAACACGGUCCGUUUCUGAAGGCGCUUUCCAUGAAUGAUUAUAUUUCUGAUGGGAAAGAUAGACUCCAUCUUCACUGCAUGUGAUGGGCCCAGACCUGUAACCCAACUGGCUCUUAAUGGGCAGAGUGGUUUAGGAAUGUUGUUUUCAGUGCUGGGUUAUAGAAUAAUCUCAAAAACCGCAAAAGACAAACAGAAGAAAUUAUUAACUAUUGAAAUAUUUGUCAAAGUUUUUGCUAUUUUUUUAUUUAAAUUUUUUAUGACUUUUAAGCAGAUGAAGCUGAAGAAUUAGAUUUAUUGUUGCUUUUUCAAAGGAAGUUUUCUCCUGCUUUACCACAAGGUGGCGGCGCAGCGCCUUUAAGAUGGUUUACUCGCUUAAACCUCUCAUUUAAUACUUGCUGCAGCAGUAAAUAUAGCAUUAGCAGAUUUGCAUAUAGCAUUAGCAGUGUCUGCAGUAACAAUAUAUUCGGUUCAUUAUUGGUGUUAUUUCAAAAACAUUGUCUUCUAGGAGAAAAGGUCGAUUUCCAGCGCAGACUGCUGGAAACCAGCUGGAAAACCCAAAUAAACCCAGAACCUCCAGCAGACUGGCGACCUGUCCAGAUGACCCCGCCUCUCCUCUGCUCCUUCUGCCGGUCUGCUUAAGGUCGACGGUCAAUCAUCAUUUAAACAUCCGUUGACUUCAGGUUGUUGCUUCCAUCCAGCAGGUCUGACAUAAUUUACAGCUCUGUCUGUCUGUUACCACAAAAAUAAUCAGAGCCCAAAUUAACUCAAGUUUAGUGUCACUUUUCCAAAACCUGAGAUUUUCCUGAAGGAAAUUAAUGUAUAAAGAUUCACUAAAGACUGAAACAUCCAAGCAUCUUUUUGGUUAAAAGGUAAAUGUGUCUUUUUUGUGUGGUAUGUAAACUUAUGGUUUUCUGCUAUAAUAAAAAAUGAAUAUAUGAUGGAGCUCCAUGCAAACAUUCCUACUCCAUUACCCAGAAUUCUCUGAUACCUAAAACCUUUAAUACAAAGAAAUGUACUUCAUUUCCCACAGUCAAUUAAAAAAGCCAUUUUCAUACUCUGAUGCAUCUGUUAUUGAAAUAUUUAGUUUGUUCUGUUUUUCCAGGAGUCCAUAGUGGAAAUGACUGAGACAAAAUGCUCUCAACCAAUCAGGUUGAACUGUGGGCCUCAGGAUGAAAAGAAGGAGACCAAGGCUUCUCUGGAGAAUCCUGCAGGUGAAGAACCAGAACUUCAACAGAUGAAAAAGGAACCAGAACCUAUACAGAUAAAAGAGGAAAAUAUAUUUUUUAAAAACACAACAGUAAAAUAUUUUCAUUUUACAAACUAAGCUAAAUGUUAGCUUGCUAUAAUUCACUGGAGAAACUUUGAAAACUUUGUAGAUUAUUGCUUCGUUCCACCGCGGGUCGGUGCGGUUCUUUAUUCUAUUUUCCAUCUGUCCAUUAUCAUUCACUCUUAUCCCCAGUGGAUUCACCAGGAGCGCUGGUGCCCAUCUCCAGCGGUCAACAGGCGGAGUCAGCUGGACAGGUCACCAGUCCAUCACAGGGACAAACAGUCAUGUGUAACUAAGGAGAAUUUUGAGACCAAUUAACCUGACAGUCAUGUUUUUGGAUGAGGAACCUGGAGCACCCAGAGAGAACCCACCAUGCAAACAGAAAGACCCCGGGCCGGGAAUCGAACCGAGGAUCUUCUUGUUCCAAGGCAACUGUGCUGCCAACCGCACCACUUGUGUUUGUUUCCGUUGUAAAAGCGGCUUGUACACUCGACCCAUUCCUGGCGCCCCGAGUCCAACUGGCUGUAUAAAUCCCUAAACUUUAAGAUUUCAUUAUAUCAAAUUUACAUUUUUACAUUUCUUUCUUCAGUCAACGCUCUUCUCUUCUCAAACACAUUUUAGACCCUGUUUAUACAACAACGGCUCCAUAAACACUUCACAGAGUGAAAACGCUUUAGAUAGAAAUGAUGUAGCAUGCAUGGCCUGUAGGAGGCAGUGAAACUUCCUAACGACAAAUUUUCAUUUAUUGUCUUCUGUUGUCAUUAUUUUGUAUGUAAAGUUUUGAUUUAUAAACUUAAAGUUUUUUCUAUUCUCAGUAUUAUAGGUUUCCUGUUUAAGAUUUUUUAUAAGGACUCAUUUUGGUUGUCAUGUUAUUCUUACUGACAAUCUUUAAAAAUCACUUAAUUCCUCCAUUGUGUUGAAUGUUUGGAAGAAAUUUUCUGUUGUUCCAUGUGGUGAAAUUCAGCAGCCAGUUAAAGACAAGUGGGAGAAAUUAUUCCAGAAACCACAGCUGAGAGUUGUUGCUACUUCUGUUCAGAGGUCAAAUUCAGUUUUUCAAUCACAUGUUUUUUUCCAAUCUGCCAUUGUUUCUGUUUUUGGCUAAUAAAUAUCAACUUUGUG